CGAGCCGAAUCAUUGGCUGCUCUUUAUCCUUGCCUGUAAACAGACAGCACGGAGACUCACACAGAACGCCCAUCGGAUAGCGAGCAGGAGCUUAGUGUCAGCUGACUGCACCUGGCCGGGUAACGUGAGAGCGGGCCGACUGCCAGAGACAGGUAUGGCGGACACUCUAAAUGCCCCAUUCACUAGCUCGCCCUCUUAUCGCUCUGUCACACCCAGCUAACCAGCAGCUCAGUGUUCGGGUAUUUGUUUUAAACCUUUAUUGCAGUAAAAAAGCUGUUUUGACCUGUAGAUCCCCAGCUUGAGUUACAAGUUCCUGGCAAAGCAUCAUGGGAGUUGUAGUUCUGCAACAGCUGGUUAUCUGCCUUUUGGCCAUCACUGUCUGUGUGAUAAGCUGUGUCUGUGUGAUAAGCUGUGUCUGUGUGAUAAGCUGUGUCUGUGUGAUAAGCUGUGUCUGUGUGAUAAGCAGUGUCUGUGUGACAAGCUGUCUAUCUAUGUAUGUGUGACAGGCAGUGUAUGUGUGACAGGCAGUGUAUGUGUGACAGGCAGUGUCUGUGUGACAGGCAGUGUCUGUGUGACAGGCAGUGUCUGUGUGACAGGCAGUGUCUGUGUGACAGGCAGUGUCUGUGUGACAGGCAGUGUCUGUGUGACAGGCAGUGUCUGUGUGACAAGCUGUGUCUGUGUAUUUGUGACAGGCAGUGUAUGUGUGACAAGCUGUGUCUGUGUGUCUGUGUGACAAGCUGUGUCUGUGUGACAAGCUGUGUCUGUGUGACAAGCUGUGUCUGUCUGUGUAUGUGUGAUAAGCUGUGUAUGUGUGACAGGCUGUGUCUGUGUGACAAGCUGUGUCUGUCUGUGUAUGUGUGACAGGCUGUGUCUGUGUGACAGGCUGUGUCUGUCUGUGUAUGUGUGACAAGCUGUGUCUGUGUGACAAGCUGUGUCUGUGUGACAAGCUGUGUCUGUCUGUGUAUGUGUGACGAGCUGUGUCUGUGUGACGAGCUGUGUCUGUCUGUGUAUGUGUGAUAAGCUGUGUCUGUGUGACAAGCUGUCUGUCUAUGUAUGUGUGACAAGCUGUGUCUGUGUCUGUGUGACAAGCUAUGUAUGUGUGACAAGCUGUGUCUGUGUCUGUGUGACAAGCUGUGUCUGUGUGACAAGCUGUCUGUGUAUUUGUGACAGGCAGUGUAUGUGUGACAGGCAGUGUAUGUGUUUCAAGCUGUGUCUGUCUGUGUAUGUGUGACAAGCUGUGUCUGUCUGUGUAUGUGUGACAAGCUGUGUCUGUGUGACAAGCUGUGUCUGUCUGUGUAUGUGUGACAAGCUGUGUAUGUGUGACAAGCUGUGUAUGUGUGACAAGCUGUGUCUGUCUGUGUAUGUGUGACAAGCUGUGUAUGUGUGACAAGCUGUGUCUGUCUGUGUAUGUGUGACAAGCUGUGUAUGUGUGACAAGCUGUGUCUGUCUGUGUAUGUGUGACGAGCUGUGUCUGUGUGACGAGCUGUGUCUGUCUGUGUGACCAGCUGUGUCUGUGUAUGUUUGAUAAGCAGUGUCUGUGUGACAAGCUGUCUGUCUAUGUAUGUGUGACAGGCAGUGUAUGUGUGACAAGCUGUGUCUGUGUCUGUGUGACAGGCAGUGUCUGUGUGAUAAGCUGUGUAUGUGUAUGAAUACUGCAGUGGUAUGAAUGUCUUACAGUAUGUAUUCCUAUUAAUUUAUUGUUUGUUUUUUGUUUAUAUAGCAAUAGAGAUGUAAUAUUCUAUCACUCAUGUGGCAGACUGUGACACCAGGCCUUCAGUAAUGGAUGUUGCAAUUCAAUAUUCUGCUACAAAAGAAGUUGUCAUGGUGCCAGGAGUUCACUGGCGCCGGCUCACCUUGUAGGGGGUUAAACCGUUCUCAAACAGUUUAACGCCAAAGUCUGUCAAUAAUCCAUCAAUCUAGAUUUGAUUUUACCUUCCGUUUAAAGGGACACUAUAGUCACCAUAACAAUGCCAGCAUAAUGUAGUUGUUCUGGUGUGUGUAGUAUGUCCCUGCAGGCUUUUUAAUGUAAAAAAGGCAUUUUUUCUGAAAACACCUCUGGUAGCAGUCACUCACUAGAGGUGCUUCCUGGAUCAGUGCUGCACAAUGUGCAGCACUGAUGUUGGUGUCUCCACGCUCUGCAAAGAGGUGCUGAACAUUCCUCAGAGAUGCAUUGAUCCAAUACUCUUGUCACUAUAGUGUUCCAUUAAGACGCAACACUAUUUGUAGUUCUAUUGCAUAUUGAAAAAAAACUGGUGGAUUUUUCAUCAAACUGGAAAGGAAUAGUGGAGAAUGGACAAGGACUUUGUAUGUUUUAGCUUAAAUAGCUGAGCUAAUAAAAACAAACAAAAAAAAAAACAACAAACAAGUCUUUUUUUGAGUCUGCAUUUUUUGCCUAAAAGUUACAACCCUGUCAUCAUUUCUUCCCUGUUAAAGAUUAGAGACUAACCUUAUGAGAAAAGUUUGUGAGAAAUUAGUCAUUUCAAACAAGGCAAAGUGCAACAAAACAAACACAUUGGAAGAGCUGUGUAUGACUUUUUUUUAAUGAAAUGGGCUUUGUGAGUUCUUCUUUGUGAGAUUUGAUAUGGUUAUAUUUCACAGUGUGACAUGCUAAUUCACUGUGUUCCUUUUCUUUAUGACCCUUCCAUGGUUAAAUUACAAUAGUAUAAAUGUGAAUUGCGUAAAGAGGAAACCACAGAUUAAAGGGACACUGUGUUUUGAGCUGCAUUCUGCUAAUAAUUUAUUUUAUGCAAAAAACUAUAAAGAUUUGAGUGUGCUAAAAUAUAGCAUACCGACGAUGCCGGAACCUAUUAAAUUAUUAUUGGGACCCAGAGUGUCGUUUUAACUUCUUUUUAGCACUGUUACUGGUUCAUAGAUUAACAACUUGCUGUUUGUAUCAAGAUGCCAACUCAUCAUUACCAGCACUGAAAUUCGUGAUUGACUCCAUGUCAUUACCUCCAUUUCAGUUUUUUUAUAAAGGGAUAUUCUAAGUAAUCAUUUUGGUUUUUAGACCCAGUCUCUGUAGUCUUGACAGAUGUAAACUUUUACUGGUUUCGAGAAAUGUCAGUGUUAUAUUUCUCAGACAAAGGCUGGGCACUAUACAUGUUUAUCACUGAAAGGAUGGACUCUAAAAAUUAUAAAUAUUUCAUUGUGAUAACUGUUGCAGUGCUUACAUUCUCCCUUUAAGCUUAAAAGUGGAAAAUAUAUAUUUUUUUUUCCUCCUGUUUUGCUAAAGACACCUAUAGGAAAACAUAUACACUGAUCAGCCACAACAAUUUAACCACCUGCCUAAUAUCAUGUAGGUCCCCUUCGUGCUGCCAAAACAGGAUUCUGCCAUUGAGGCCCUGUGGUAUGUAUCACUAAAACAUUAGCAGCAGAUCCUUUAAGUUCAAGUUGCGAGGUGGAUCAUAUUUGCUGUUCCAUUUGUUCCCACAGAUGCUCAAUCAGAUUGAGUUCUGUGGAAUUUGGAGGCCAAGGCAACACCUUGAACUCUUCGUCAUGUUCCUCAAACCAUUCCUGAAUGUUUGCAGUGUGGCACAGUGCAUUAUCCUACUGAAAGAGGCCACUGCCAUCAGGGAACACCAUUGCUAUGAAUGGGUGUAUGUGGUCUGAGAGAAUCUCUAGGAAAGGUGGUAUAUGUCAAAGUAAAAUUCAUAUGAAUUCACUCAAUGAGUCUUGCACACCCGUGACUCUCAUGCCAGUUCACUGGUUGUCCUUCCAUCCCACAAGAUGGCAUUUUCUAGAGAUUCUGUGACCCAGCUGUCUAUCCAUCAUUAUUUAGCCCUUGUCAAAGUCAUUCAGAUCUUUUCGCUUGCCCAUUUUUUCUGUUCCCAACACAUGAAAUUCAAGAACUGACUGUUCAUUUGCUGUCUAAUAUAUCCCACCCAUUGACAGGCGUCAGUGUAACAAUUUAGUCAAUGUUAUUCACUUCACCUGUUGUGGCUGAUCAGUGUACAUAUCUGAGAUUGUAGCAUCAGUGGCUAAUGUUCUUAGACACUGUAUGGUAUUCAGAGUUGCACAACAUUGAUAUUACUUAUGCGGUAAUAUGAACUUCAACUUUUGCAUAUCAAUACAAACCGAAAGGACUCCUGGCUCCUAUCAGAACCAAGUGUUGACAAACUGUUUGUAAACGUUUUGACAGCUUAUCUGUCACUGUAAAGAUGUUGCAGUGGUUAUAGUGCUUAGAAUGCUCCUUUAAGUGUUCAGAUGGCCUCUAUGUUCACAGAAAGUCAUGUUUGUUGUGUUCAGCAUUUGAUAUUUACUUCCAGGUGAAUCUUCCAGACUAACUUCAUAAAACAUAUCAUUGGUUUAAAUUUCUAUAAAUUACUGAUUUUUCACAUGAAAAUAGAAUUAUUAAAUGGCCAUCAUUGAAAGGACACAUAUGACUGAAGCUGACGUCACCUUUUUCAAUGUUUGUUUUGCAUUAUAGAUGUGGGCUAAUUGUUUUAGUCUUGUUUGUACUUAUUUAUCUUUGCAUUCCUUUAGUGUCUACCAUGGGGAAGUCUUUUUCUCGCACGCCACCUCAAAAUUUAAAGGAUGAGCAUUGUGACAUCAAUUCACAAUCUGAUGAUCGAAAUAGGUUGAUGAGCCCAGAAAGCCAAGAGGAAAACAAGAAUGGUGAUGUGUCUCAUUUCCCUUAUGUGGAGUUUACUGGAAAAGACAGUGUAACUUGUGCCACAUGCCAAGGAACAGGGCGCAUUCCAAGAGGUGAGGAUACGUAUUCUAUCUCUUUGUAACAGUAUCAACAUUUUUUUUUCUUCUGUUUUUUUUUUUGUUUUGUUUGUUUUUUGUCUUUUUUUUUUUUUUGUAUGUAAUUACAACCAUUAGUAUUUUCAUUAAAUUUACAAGGCUAGGGGGGGUAAGGUGGGGUUCUACUUUACACUACUUUUACCAAUUCUGUACUUGUCCCUCGCUCACAUUAUUUUUUUAUUUUCUGUUCUUUCUGCAUCAGAAUUUACAUCUCAUAUUUUUUUAAUUUAUGUAUAUAUUUUUAUAUAUAGAAAUUACUCAUCUGAUAUUUAGCAGCAUAUUAACCGCUACCAACGAGCCAAUAACAAUGUCAAAGCACUCCCAAUCCCACCAUUCUGCCACCAUAUUUAUCAUUCUAGAUGGCAGGAAAUGUUACGGGUCGGUCCUUGAAGAUGGUUCGUAAUAUGCAGUCCAUAAUAUCCCUUUUUUACAAUGCCUUUCACCUCUGCCUUCUCCCACUAUCUUAUACUUUUCCUUCUUAACUAGCAUCACUGAUUAUGAUCUUCUUUGUCUUAAAUACAUUUCUUAGUACCCACUGCUCCCAAUUUUGACCCCUUUGACUCUGUCUUCCCUUUUGAGAAGAAAAAUAUAUUCCAUAAGUCCAAUGGUCUAUUGUUAAUUUUUUAUUUUAUUUUUUGGUUUGCGUACAAAACUUGAUACAAUAUUUCUCCACCCUACCCACCUCGUUCUUCAUGCUUAACUUCCAGUGUCAAUUCUUUCUUACGCCUACUCUCUACUAAUGGGCCAAACUUCCUCCCCAAUGCUUAAUUACAAAGCUAUAUUUAGCCCUCUAUAAUUUAGUGACCUUACCUGAGCUUUUAGGUUGGAUUCUCUUAAAUGUCCCUGUGCUUCUUUAUCCUGGUUUCUGAUUGUACUUACCCCAGUUGAACACGGCUUUAUAGUUCAUUUAGUGUGUGUGUGUCUCUAACAGAUGCAAUGUUGAGUGCCAUUCUUUUGGUUUCUGUGGUGAUUAGUCUCUCGUGCAUAGCACCUGUUUGUGCCUUGAUAAAUUUCCCUGUUUAUAUGUUAAUUUGAGCGUGUCGUAACAGGUUAACUUUAGCCACCAGAAAGUGUUUUGGGGUGCAGUUAAAUAGCAAAACUGAUGGGAUACACUGGCUGAUCUACUUUGUAGUUUGACAUAUUAUUUUUUAUUUUGCGACUGAUACAAGCUUGCUUUUACUGUGUGGUUGUAAUACUACAAGCCCACUUACUUCUAGAUGAUUGUAAUGAGAUCUCCCAAUUAUUGUAGGUAGCUGAAAUGUUAUCUAAGUGCACUGCUUUCAUCUAGCAUGGUCAUUUCCACUGUGCAUUUAUUAUUUUAUAUGGAAAUGUUGUGGGAAUGCAGAUUACACAGGGCCAGCGCGUCCAUAAGGCCUCCUUACGGUGCCAGAGCAGAGGGGGUCGCAAAAAUCAGAAUCCCCUGCUUCUAGCUGGGGACUCAGAUUUUUAAACUCUCCUUGCUCUCCCUGCAGACCCCCUAUUUCCCUCUACAGCCUCUGCCCCCCUGUGGCAAAAUUCAUCUUUGCCUGUGUAGCCAAAAAUCCUUGCACUGCCCCUGAGAUUACACAUUGUUUUUCCCAUUCCCAGAAUCCUUAGUUUUGCUGUGCCCUUUCCCUGUUGAAUUGUCUGUUUUCAGACCUUCCUUUGGAAACCUUGUUCUUUCAGUGCCUAUUUAAAGUUCUGUGUAGUUUAGUUUAAUCACUCUAGUGGGGGAAGACAUUGUUUUGUCACCCCCCCACUACAGUGACACUGCUUUUGUCCAAAUGUGCAGAGGUUAAGCCCCAGCCCAACAGAAGACUGCACAGUGUUUAAUAUUGUUGCAGAUUAAUGCUGAUAUGUGUAUUUGAAUCAGUGUUAAUUUUGUAAACUACCAAUUUAGUCAAUUUCUAGUCGAAAAUUAUGGAGAUUUAUUCGACUAAAACUAAAACAAUGCAGGUGACUAAAACGACUUUUUAGUGAAAAGACUGACUAAAACUAAAUUGAAAUAUGCUGCCAAAAUUAACACUGAUUUGAUUACUUUUUUUUUUUUAUUAAUGCAUUAUAAGUGCAGUCUAUUUGAAGAAGGGAAAAAAAAGUGGUGUUAUAUGCCUUAGAAUGCAAUACUCUUCAAUUUUUAUGAAGUUUAUUUAGUAACAACCAGAACAAAAAUGAACAACAAUUGUCUUAGUUUUUAAUUGUUUUAACCCCUUAAGGACACAUGACAUGUGUGACAUGUCAUGAUUCCCUUUUAUUCCAUAAGUUUGGUCCUUAAGGGGUUAAAGAAUGGGGGCAAAUGAGAAUAAAAAAAAAAAAGAAAAGAUGGUUCUAUAUGGUUGUAUCGAAACACAAAUAUAACACCCCUGUGUUUAAGCACAUACAAAGGUCAUAGAUAACUUAUGUUUAGCAGAUUACAUAAUCACUAAAGAUAUGGGAGUACCCUGACCAGUCACAUGUAGUUAUUUACACCAUAUGCAUAAGAAAUGCCAGUAUGAACACAUAAUUUAAUAUAUGGUGUCAGAUUUGUCUUUCCAUACAUUUAAUAUCUAUUACAUUAAAAAAAAAAAAGCAAUUUAACAAAUCAUAAAGUUUAAAUGUUUCUAGUUUAUAUCAUGCAACUUGAUCCGCACAAACAAAACCCUAUUUUGAGUAAUUUGGUAUAGCAUGGCUGGGUUGUGAAAAACAUAUUAAUAAAGUAAUUAUAACCUGAUAUGUUACUACCUUUAAAAUAAACUUUCUUGGCACAAUCACAACUUGAAGGGACGUGCAUCAGUUUGAGAUAACUGUCUCAUUUAAAAGCUGAAUGAGACAGUUUGCUCACGCUGCAGGCUGAAAAAAGAACCGAUAUUGCAUUUUGGGCAGCAUUAAUGUGAUUCAGACAUAUUAAGCCAGACAGGAUCCAACAUUGUUAGAUGCUUGUACAAUGUUUAGAGCCAUGAGUGCUUUUUCUGCCUGCAGCAUUUCGGCUAUGGCUCACAACAAAAAGUAAAAAAAAAAAAAAAUGCAUAUUAAUUAUAGUAUUUUUUUUACUUUUUUUUUUAAUUAAUCAGAAAUGGGGUUUAAAGGGACACUCUACUGCGCAGAUAAAAAAAAAAUCAAAUCUAUAUAUUUGCUGUUUAGUAGAUAUAUCUCAAAUUAAAACAAACAUCCAUUUCAUUAUGCAUUUUUUCCAUUGGGGAUAUAUCUAAAGCUGCAGUUUUCUUGUCUGCAGUCUUUGCAAGCCUUCCCCUACUUCCACAGUCCAGACUUUCUGUGGCUGUCCAAUCACAAGCUCAAUGAGAUGCGUUUGCAAGGCAGGUACUCUGGGCAAUUACUUGCCUCUUGGGUUUAGCCCCACUGAGCUAAUCAAAUCAUGAAGUAACAGGACCGGCUGUCUACUUGGCUAAUCUAUAAAUGGUCUACUAGGCUGAUUUAUAAAAGUGCUAAUUUUGGGGAAAAUCUGCACCUUUUGUCAAAUGAAAAAAGAGGGUACACACUUUACAAAUAAAGCAUUUCAGCAAGCUAAAGUGAUGUACGCGUCCAGAGUGUCCCUUUAAUUUUGUUACCAAGUUAACUAUGUAAUUUAAAGUAAAGUAUUUAUUUAAGUGGGGGAUAGUUAUUUUGCAUAUGGUGCUUUAGUGCACCAUCUCAAAUAGACCAAAUAAUUGUAAUUAACUAAAUACAUUUGCUCAUGAAUCUUGCCACAAUGUACAGAUUUAUUUAAUAAUAUACAUGCAUUUAGUAUUACUUGCUGAUUCAAAGUGUGUAAUCUCUUAAUAAUGGAAAUCCACUUCUGACAUCUUUACCAAGUGAACGUGUGUUGCAUUUAAGAAAGUGACAUGCUGUGAAGAUUGUUUUUAAUGAAAAUAAGAUGAUUAGAAACGGCUAACUUGAUUUCAGCAGUUUCAUGCAGCGUAAAAACAUACAGGUCAAGCUGCUAAUCGGAUGUGAUUUGUGGUUAGAGAGGCAUGCUUUCAGAUUUCAUGGCUGUAUCCAAGUCAUGUUGAGAUUUCAUAUCUUAAAUCGCAAAUUGAAUAAUUGUUGGAAAUUCCGGCACUUGACAUUUUUAUAUCUUCCUGUUUUUGUUAUACACAAGUAACCUCUGAUAUGAAACGUCAACCAUAACUCAUUGGUUGACAUCCCAAUCCGGACCAAUCACAUGUAGUUUACUAGCAAGAACUAGUAUCGUGGUCUUUAAUGAAAUUUCACAGCACACAAAGAAGGCUCCAUAUGUAGCAUUCAUAGAAUGCUGUAAUAUCUAAAGGCAUUUUUGUGGAAUUUUUUUUUUUUUCUCUCUCUACCCCUCUCCCCCUCCUGUACAUCUCUAGGAUACACAGCGAGUCACAAUUUUCUUUGAGAUUGUGAUAAGCAUUGUGUUUUUCUUUAUAUAUUGAAUUAUAGACAGCAUUGUUAAAAGGUCAGGCAUAGUAUUUUUCCGUGUAUUAGACGCCCCCAUGUAUAAGACAACCUCUAUUUUUUUAUUUAUUUUUUUAAAGCCCAAAAUAAAGAAAUAAAUACUUUAAAAAUCAAACACACACAUACUCUCACACACUAAAAAAUUUUAGACAAGUGCAGCCAGCAUUCAGCACAAACAAGUAACAGCAGUAUAUAAUGCCCACCUCUUUGAUCAUGUCUCUCUUUUGUGUGACAUCAAUAUCUUGGGGAUCCGUCCCCAGCUCUCCCUUGGGGGAAGUGAAAUCCUUGGGGGCAGGUUCUCCCAGCCACCGCCGAUCUCCUGUCCUUCCUUCAGCUCCACGGAACCAGCCUUGGGGGCUGCUUGGGGGAACAACACCCCGCUCAUCAGCAUGCGGUCCGGCACGAAAAAGCCACAUGGUGAUAAACCAGCUCACGGGAACUUCCCCAUGAGCUAGAACCUGAAGAGAUAUGGACCCCGCCAACCCCACAGAGGACUCCUCUCUGCCUCUCCCGGGCACAAGGUGUUUGAGAGCUACUGAGAAGCCACUCGGAGGGUGUGUAUGGCCUGGGGGGUGAAUUCAUCACUCUUCGGCAGGGGUCGACUGGGCGGCCGGGCGCCUGACCGCGUGAGUGUUCUUGGGGGAAUAGAAACUUCAAUAAUUACCACUAUUGGGUUAAGGCACAUGGAACAGUGCACCCAGACCACUUCAUGAGCUGAAGUGGUCUGGGUCCCUAGAGUGUCCCUUUAAGUUUAAAUAUCCACUCUCUGCUGUAGAAAACUUCGAGCUGAACUGAACCAGAUUUUUUUUUUUUUUUUUGUUAAAAUAUUAAGGAUCAUUUCUAUGUAUUGUUUUAUUGCGUUGUAUGCAGUUGAAUCAUAAAUAUAUUUGAUUAUUGUGCUAUAUUUUUGUAGGUCGAGAAAACCAGCUUGUAGCAUUGAUUCCAUACAGUGAUCAGAGAUUGCGCCCCAGACGAACGUAAGUAAUAGAAUAUUUGAAUAAACACAUUUGUUUCAAACAAAAGAUUUUUCCAAAUAUGUUAUCUAAAAAGGGAACCACCUGAUAUGCAAUUUAAUAUAGUUAAGUUGGAAAAAAAUAUCCUCUCUGUUGAGUUGAAUCUUUUACUUGUUUAAAUGGACCAGGGCUAAUAUUGAGCAUGCUUGUUCUUUAUGCAUAUUCUGUAAGAACAUUUUAAAAAAGAGUGCAUUUAAUAGAAGUUGCAAACAUUUAUUGUAUAUUACUCCCUGACCACACUUUUUUCCUUUUAUCAAGUUGGCGUGGCACAUGACUCUCGUAGAUAUCUAAAAAAAAAAAACUACGUUUAAAUGUAUCCAAAUGAGAUCUGAAUUGGAACCAUUAGAAAAUGCUCUACUUCCAAAUAAAAAAUAAAAAAAGUUUGUUCCAGGGCAUGAAAUUAAGUCAUUUCAAAUUGCAUUUAGAUGUCAUUGGAUAUUGCAGUACACAAAAUACUGUAAUAAUAAAGUUAAUACUUUGCUUUUAUUUGGGUCCAUUAAAAAAAAAAAAAAGGGAGCUGUGCUUGGGCGAUACAAGUCAAUUGGCCACAUUCCAAGGAGUUGAACUCAUGUCAAGCCCUGUAGGACGCUUGCUUAUAAACAAAAAACAGGUAUUUCAUGUGCUGCAGCAUCUUAUGUGGGACAGCCUGCUUGCUAUGUGAAACCAAUCUCUGUAGUCUUGUAUGCCAUCUGGAUAUGGCCUAGAAUUAUAGUAAAAAGAGAUCACUUACGACAGGAAUUGUUAUCAUUGUUUUGGUUGGGGUUUAAAUAAUAAAAAAAAAAAAGGUUAAUACAGUGUUUGUGUUUUUUUUUGUUUUUUUUUUCUCACAGGAAACUGUAUGUCAUGGUAUCUAUUGUGGUUUGUUUACUUCUUUGCGGCCUGGGUGUCUUUUUUCUGUUUCCUCGUUCUGUUGAUAUACAGUACGUUGGAGUGAAAUCAGUCUACGUUGGUUAUGACGAAGGUGGCUCCAUGGUAUAUUUGAACAUCACUGUAAGUAUUUUCAAAUUCUGAAAAGUAAAGUUAAUAGUGAAAUAGGAAUGCUUAAAUUGUUUUGGAAAAUAUUUUUCAAAGGGAGAUUGCAUGUACUUUGUGGAAAGUUUUAUUUUAUCGGUUGUGUAUGUAUAUGUCUAUUAUAAUCUAUUUGUGUAUUAUCAGCGAGGAUGAAAGCAGAGGAGUAAAGAUUUUGUCGUUUGUAUCAUGAAAAUUCAAAAAGCUAAUUAUUACAUCCUCACAAAUCUCAAUUCUCUAACAAAAGCAAAAGAAGCUUUCUAAUAUAGUGACUCAUGCUCUUUGAGUUGAUGAGUUUUUUUUUUUUUUUUUGUAGACCAGGCUGCAACAGCUGGAGUACCAGUGGUUGAGAAGCUUUGCUAUGUACGGAGUAAAAUUAUUCCAUGUUUAUUAUAGUUCAGGGCCAAAAAAAAAUAAAAAAAAAUACGCUUAUCUAUUUUAUAUUCAUGUUCCUAUUUUGUUUCAUUUUUCAGAACACCCUGAAUAUAACAAACAACAACUAUUACCCUAUUGGUGUGGAUAGUAUUACUGGGCAAGUUCAGUAUUUCAAAACUGUCAUUGGGAAAGCAAAAGUAACAAACAUUACCAGCAUUGGGCCUCUCGAUAGAAAACAGGUAAAUAAUGCCGUUUGUUGAAGAAAUUUACUGCCAGUGAGCAUUAUGUUGGCUGUAAAAUAGGUCUGACAAUUACGUGAGUUCUCCAGAGUUGAAUGAGGCAAGUGUACAUUGUGAGCAGUAAGAAUAAUUAAAGGACCACUAUAGUGCCAGGAAAACAUAUUCGUUUUCCUGGCACUGUAAUGCCCCGAGGGGAGGGUGCCCCCACCCUCAGGGUCCCCCUCCCGCCGGGCUCUAGGGUGAGGAAGGGGUUAAACUUACCUCAUUCUCCAGCGCCGGGCAGGGAGCUCUCCUCCUCCUCUUCGGCUGAAUGCGCAUGCGCGGCAGGAGCCACGCGCGCAUUCAGCCAGUCCAUAGGAAAGCAUUCACAAUGCUUUCCUAUGGAUGCUGGCGUCUUCUCACUGUGAAAAUCACAGUGAGAAGCGCGGAAGCCCUCUAGCGGCUGUCAAUUAGACAGCCACUAGAGGCUGGAUUAACCCAUUUAUAAACAUAGCAGUUUCUCUUUCUAUGUUUAUAGAAAAUAGGGUUAAACCUAGCUGGAUCUGGCACCCAGACCACUUCAUUAAGCUGAAGUGGUCUGGGUGCCUAUAGUGGUCCUUUAAGUGUUUUGAAGGGGAACAAUCUUAAAUAUAUGGUCAGCAAACAGAAAUCACAAGAAUAUUAACCGACAAUGCACUUAAUAUUUUAUUUAUAAUUUUGUUGGCUUCACAAAACUGGAUUUAUGAUAGAGCUGAUCUUCAGACAAACCACAAUAUGUAUGGACUUAAAUUACCUGAUGUAUGAAGGUCAAUACUUUGAUCCGAUCAGUCAACUUUCACCCUAUAUUCUGCACCCGUGUGCAUAUGCAGAACAAAGCCACACGUGUUUUGGCCACUGUGGAUGAUCCAUUCUGCAAGACACUAGUUUAGAUGAUAGCACUACAUGGUGUUAAAUUGGCACAGGUAUAUUAGGUAAUUUAAAAAGUAUUUGGCUGUCCUCAUUUAUGAAAUGGUUAAAACGCUUUGCCAAAUUAGCUCACGGUUUGUUUCAUGAAUACUACAAAUCAUUUCUGUGCCACCACAUCUAAACAUUUUUGAAGCUUUUAUAAAAAGUUCUGAUGUGCAAAAUUGACUUCCAACUUUCUUCCCUCAAAUAAUUGAAUAAUGUUCUUCCUUUUAAAGAAUAGUACAUAUUGAUUAAACCAUUGUAGGCAGUCCAGUUCUUGUAUGGCUGCUUUUCAUAAAGGAACAAAGCUGUCCUAAAGGCAAAGUGUGUUCCUUCUCCUUAACAGGUCUUAGACAUUAAUAAAUUUGUUUGAUAUCUUCAUUAUUUUGUGACCAAUGUGUGAGAUGAUAUCUGAUGUUCUUAGGUUUGUUUGUUUUUCACAUUUCUUGAUAUUUAAUCUAUUCUUUCUUCUUCACAGAUUGACUAUACCGUGCCUGCUAAAAUAGGGAAAGAGUUCGACUAUAUGUAGUAAGUAAUUUAAAUAACUAUAUUGCAAAAUUUCAUAAUGGGUUAAAGGACCACUAUAGGCACCCAGACCACUUCAGCUUAAUGAGGUGGUCUGGGUGCCAGGUCCAGCUGGAUUUAACCUUUUUUUUUUUUUUUUUAUAUAAAUAAACCUAGCAGUUUCAGAGAAACUGCUAUGUUUAUAAUAGGGUUAAUCCAGCCUCUAAUGGCUGUCUCAUUGACAGCCGCUAGAGGCGCUUCCGUGAUUUUCAUCGAGAAUGCUUUCCUAUGGACUGGCUGAAUGCGCGCGCAGCUCUUGCCGCACAUGCGCAUUCAGCUGAAGAGGAGGCGGAGAGGAGGAGAGCUCCCCGCCCGGUGCUGAAGAAAGAGGUAAGUUUAACCCCUUCCUCUCCAUCCAGCCCGGCGGGAGGGGGACACUGAGGGUGGGGGCACUCUAAGGGCACUAUAGUGCCAGGAAAACGAGUAGUUCUAAAAAUGUUUAUUAUAUUUGGUCUGUGUUUCCCCAUAAUUUUAGAGUGAGAAAACAAAUGCAGUUUUAUAUAACGCAUGCAUCUAAAUAUUUGUGCAUAUAUGCAAUGUGUGAAUAUUCUUCAUAUUAUUAUGACUACUAUAUGAAGUUGUGAAAUCUACACAUAUUUCACAGCUUUACAUAAACCUAAAUUUUUUAUUAAAUCUCUGUCAAAAUACAAAAAAUAACUCUUACGAAAGUUAAAGAUUUUCACUUCAUUUAUUGUCCAUGGAAGUUUGGGGGUUUACAUUCGUGUAUACUCUUCUGUGGAAUUAAUUGUCUGACAACUUGAACUUUAGCUGAGGUGCAGCUUUGAUUUCGAAUCUGUGAGGUAUGUUUAGUUUUUUUUCUUUUAUUUCUUUAAAUAUUUUCUCUGAAACGCAGGGCAAAAACCCCCCAGAAAAAUGUAUAUUUAAUAUUUUAGGUUAUCUCAAUAUGCUGUAAUGUAAAAAUCACUUGUAUUAAACAUAUAAUUAUAUAAUUCAAGCUAAUUAUACAAUUCUAUAAUUUUUUCUUUAUUUACAGCACUUACUGUACUCUUCCCAGUAUAAAGGUGCAUAACAUAGUGGUGAACAUGCAGUAAGUAUUCGCAUUAAUGUCUACUGAUUGUCUACACAAGUACGCAAAAAAUAACUUUCUCAACAUGUAUGUAUUAGAGAUGUCAGUAGUCUGGCAAAUGGAUACCAACGUAGCCUCAACCAAAAAUAUCAAUGUUUCUAGCUCCUAACUGAAUCGAAUUCAUGAAGAAUUCAGACUAUUGUAGAAAAAGGAACUCCAGAUAAAGGGGUUUCUGGUUAAGUAACAUAGGAGGAAGGAAGGUGUGCUUUUGUUUAUAAUCAAUUGACCAAUGACCAGAUGUGAAACAUGGACUCUACAGUUUUGAACGUUUGGCGUUUUUCUGUCAUCAUGCUCUAAAAUGAUAAAUGAGUUGUUCGUUUAGAAUUGCUAAUCACCCCCUGGCAAUCGGCAUUCAGCAGUAAAAAGCAGAGUUAAAAGCAGUCCUGCUGAACUAGCAAUGCUUUUCUGUCUGACUAUGUUGUGGCUCCAUGUGCUGCCUUUACAAUGCCGCAAUGUGCGGUUCCUAGCGCUUGUUAGAUCCGGGGAUGGCAGCUGGUUCUUCCCAAACCAGUCACUUCUGUCUGGCAGUAACUAGGUAUAGGUCAGGAAAGGGUACAAGCAACGCCUUCUGGGUGUCCUCAAACUCGUAUGGAAAAUAUGAGGACAAAAAAACAGAAUAUAAUGUAGUAUAUUCUAUAUGUGGUGAGGUAAAAUAAGAGAAAUGCCACUUAUGUUCAGCUCCAGAUAUAUGCGCCUAGGUGGUAUGAUCCUCGUCUGUGGAUAUGUCGCUCAGCUUGGUUCUUUGUAUAUGGUAGGUCAGGAUCAAGCGUCAGAGUGUCGAGCGUUCACAGGUAUUUCCCUCUAAAUUGCAGUGUCACAGAUAUGCACCAGUCUCUGCAUUAGUUAAAUGUUAAAUUGGUGUUUUGUAAUUUUUUUUUUUUUUUUGCAGAGUCACUGUGUCAAUUUCUUACUUGGGACAUCCAGAGCAGUUAUCUCAAGAAGAUUACGAAUAUGUAGACUGUGGAGCAAAUGCAACACGAGCUCUUGGCACGUCAGGUCUCCUGGUGAAAUGGUGAUUUGCACUUUGGCAUUUUGCUUAGUUGUGAAAAAAUGUGUACUUUGAAAGCUGACACUCUCUUUUAAUCAAAGGUAUUGAUACGAUCAGACUAUGUUCUAAUUUUGUGUUCUAGAGAUCAAAAAUUCAAGACACAAAAGCAAAUUUAUGGGGCUUGUCACACAUACUUAAUUAGAGAAUCUGUAAAUACGCGUGUAAAUAUGUCUCUAUAUGCUUAUGUGUGCCGUUGAUAUAUUCUGAAUAACAUAUUUUAUGAAGGAUAGGUAUUUUCCUUUGUUUUUAACAAGUUAUUAAAGACACAACUACUAGUGUACUUUUAUGUUAAACCUUUUUUUUUUUUUUCUUAAUGUGUUGAUUUGGUUUGUUUUCUUUACCCAUAAUUGUGCUAAUAAUUAUUUACCAAUUAAUUAUUCUGGCAUUUUCCUUUGUGUACAGUAAAAAGGUUUAAAAAUGAUUCACGUUUAUGUAAUGUAAAAGUAAUUUAGUUUAGCGGUGGGAAAACCAUUUACAUUCAGUUUGUUUAGUGGGGGGUGCAUUUAAGAGAGAGCGUUGAGGGGGAGGUCGAAUCAUGAAAGGCACAUACUAAUAGACAUACGUUUCUGAACUUGUGAGGAAAUUAGAUAUUGGUCAGGUCAAAUCAAUGGUGUCAAUUAAUACUGUUUUUAGCAUCUGAUGUUGUCUUUUCAGCAACUGGGUAAUUAUGGAGAGAGCUGUUAUCCCCUAAUCAGAGAUAAGCUCCCCUUUACAAAUGUUCAAAUCCAAGACACGUCUGAGGCCAACUUGGCUAAUUUCUUUAUUAAUCUAUGUGUUAUUUAAUGCAAAAAAAGAGAGUUCAAAAGCAUAUCCAAUAUUUUUGUCAUUAAAUAUAUUUGCUAUCCAAAAAUAGCAUUAAUACAUGUCUGCAAUUAAUUUUACAUCUUGUUAAAUUGUGUACUAUUGGUUUUACUUAAUCAUCUAAAAACAAUGCUGCCCAUUAAGUGGCUCACCAAUAGCUUUUAAUUAUUUUAAGUUCCUAUUAUGGUCACUUAAGUUAGAAGGAAAAUCUUUAUAAUUUGAAAAGAAGGUUAAUGUUUUUUAAAAAUGUGAAAUUUGAAUGUCUUUGCUUUAUCUUUAAACUUAGUUGUAUGCUUUCUCCAACAUAAAGCUGUUCAUUAAGUCAGAGCACGGUCAUUGAAUAAUAUGGAUUACUCUGUCUAAUAAACAACCUAGCAGUCCCUAUAUUGUCUCUAGAACUAAAGUGCAGCCUCUCCCUGCUUUUCAGUAUUGAGUACAAAUAUCCGGAUUUGUUUAUAUUGUAAUAGAUAAGGAAGUAUCUGGAUGCUACAAACCAUAAUAUCCAGCAUUAUCAGCAAUCCAUUGAAUGGUGUAGAAUAGAUUCUGCACACUCCUUUGUGUACAUGCGUAGAUUGACAAUUCCUGGUACUCAAAGCGUCUGAUGAUUUUACUUUCUUAACUCCCAAGGAAGCAUAGGCCAAGAUGUUCUGUAGUUCUUCACAUUCAUCAGUAAUGCGCAACUUUGCAAACCCAAGUACCGUGUACUACAACCUCUAUAGGCUCAAAGGUUAUGGUCAUACAUGUGUAAUGUGGUUUGUGCAGUGCAGAACAUGGUUCUAUUGAAGGGGCAACCUCCUGCUACAGUUGAAGAGCAGAUACUGAUUCGGUUUAAAUAAUUUAUUCACAAUGCUCCAUAGUUAUCUGGCCUGCACAUAGCCAGAAUGAUUGAAUAACAGGGCAGCGCCAGCAGAUGGUAAGCAGGCUUCCAUCAUCCAUUCUACAGCGCCAAUGGAUAGCUGGGAGUGUUGGAAAUCGUUUAUGCAGAGUAAUAGGAGUAUAAUUCCAAUGUGUCAACGCUUGCAUCUUGGCAUUAGGGGAGAGCAUCUGUUUGUCCUAGUCUCUGUCCGUGAAUGAGACAUGCUAGUGUUUCCUCCCAUUUUGCCAUAAGUGGACGGGAGAAGGGGAUAAUUUAUUUUAUUUAUACCCAGCAUAUUAUACAACAGUGAAUCUCCUGUGCUUGGGGACUUAUCGCCACAGCAGAGUUCUUCUAAGCUUGUCAGCACUCACUUUAGACAAGAGGUUAAUGAAGUGGUCUGUGUGCCAGGUCCAGCUAGGAUUAACCCUUUUUUCUGUAAACAUAGCAGUUUCAAAAAAACUGCUAUGUUUACCUAUGGGUUAAUCCAGCCUCUAGUGGCUGUCUCAUUGAAAGCUGCUAGAGGGCUUCCGCGCUUCUCACUGUGAUUUUUCACAGUGAGAAGACGCCAGCGUCCAUAGGAAAGCAUCGAUAAUGCUUUCCUAUGGACUGGCUGAAUUCACGCGCGGCUCUUGCCGCACAUGCGCAUUCAUCCGGUGACGGAAGAAGAGGGAGGAGAGGAGGAGGAGAGCUCCCCGCCCGGCACUGGAGAAAGAGGUAAGUUUAACCCCUUCCACCCCUAGAGCCCGGCGGGAGGGGGACCCUGAGGGUGGGGGCAUCCUCAGGGCAAUAUAGUGCCAGGAAAACGAGUGUUUUCCUGGCACUAUAGUGGUCCUUUUAAAGAGGUAAGCUUAUGGUGCUGAAUGAAUUCUGCAAAACAUUUAUUGGUGCCAGGAGUGUCCCUUUAAGUGAACUACAACUCCUACGAACAUUGUGUUUCACGGUUAGAUGACUAACUGUUAUUAGAAAAGCAGGACAGAGAGUGUUGGUGGAAUUGUAGAGCUCUGACAUCCCAUACGGAGAUACAGUACUCAGAAUGAAGGAAAUAUUAGUUUAUGUGCACUGAAUUUUUAUUUGUAUAUAACAAUUGUAAUGCACUUUAGAUUUGUAUCCUCCUUUUUGUCAGUCUCAGGGCAUGGUGACACACUUGCGUUCUGAUGAAAGGUGAACAGCAGUGAGUGCCACACUCUAGAAGGGGGUUUCAUUCAUGGGGGGGGAGGAAGAAACUGUUCAUGCAAUUUAAUUGAAGUAACUAUGCUUAAAGCACUACCAGUAAAAGGUGAGGACUAGGUAAAGCUUAACCAUUCAUUGUUAAGGAAUUUUAUACAGUAUGAGUGCUCAUGGAUUUGCUGCAAAUGAGAGCUAUAUAAUAUAUUUAGAAAGCAUUAAAGUUUAUCAACCCUUGAAUGCAGCUUGUUAUUGAAUUUUGUAUACUUGAAUUUGUCUAUUUAUGUUCUUUGGUAAAGGGAGUUGUUUAGCCCUGCCCAGCAUAUUUUGCAUCUAUGAAAAGAUUAUUUUUAUUCACCUUUGGUUUUAUUUUGACAAAUACUGUUCUGCAUCAGCAACCUGCUUACACCUCUGCUAUACACUCUGUAACACAGGUUUUACACGCUCAUGUGACUCUUGUACUCUGAAUCAUUCUCAUGCUCUGUAAACUUUGUUAACUGCACACCUGCUAAUACUGCUAGGGGCGGAUUAAAAUGCUAAACCAGAGUGCCAAUGAGAAAAGGGACACUCCACUGCCCAAUUACAAAAUAAAUAAUCCUAUUUAAUAAUGCAUUUUUUCAUUAGAGAUAUAUCUAAAAACCACUUGCAAAAACUGCAGUUAUCUUGUAACAUGUAUAUGGCAAGCAUUAUUAGCCUCUGAUGACUAGGAUGGACUCUAGGAUCUGCAAACCAGUAUAUCCACAACAAAAGCGAUAAUAGGAGUGCUAGACCAUUUUAUUAGUAUUCAGACAAAGAUGCUCAUCACCUUUAGAUUAUCAGAUGCAAACAUAUUAUUUGGGAGAGUGUUUUGACAUACUUGUACUUCACCGACUUAUUUGUUUGAAAACAUGAAAGUAUUUCUUUUUCAUUAUAGUAUUAAAGGGAAUCUAAUUAUAGUAUGCUUAGUAUUUAUAUGGACUUCUUGUGAUUUGUAAGCCUGAUUAUUUAUACUUACAAAUAAACCACUCACUUUUUACCUAAAAUCGAAAAUUGGUAGAAAAUGUAGCUGCUAUUAAUGACCUGUACACUGUAUAGAGAGUUUAGAAUAUGAUUCAAAGAUGUAUAGUUAUGCUAAAAUGUUAUACUUAUUUUCAUGUUUCAAUUAUUUUUAUAAUGAAUUAAUUCAAUUGCUCUUACCUGCGAUCUAAUUAAAGCAUUGUACAGUCCGUAGUGUGCAAAAACUGGUUAUUGAUAUUUGUCCUUAAGUAACAUUUUGUGUUUAAUCACAUUUAACGCACAUAUGUAUUUUUGUGUGGUUUGUUUAAAGGUUAAUCUUUACAUCACUUAUAAGCUUAUGUAUUUUCUGCAUUUGUGUUAUAAGUUUAUAUGCAAUUAACAACAUUAAAGUUUGUUUCAAACUAAUAUUCUUGUCUAUUUUUAUGUGUUUAAAACAUUAAUUGGUUUGUUUUGUAAAAUAUGUUUUAUAUUGUUUGAACAUAAUGUGUUUUGUCUGCAGACCUGCUUUCCAAUAGAUUUCUUUGACACAUAGUGUUUUUCCUGCAUCUAAGGAUUCU